AUGGCAUUAACACACCUUGCUGUCCCGGGCAAAAUCCUCGAACUCGAGGAUGGCAUCAAAUAUGCUUAUAUUCACAUUGCAGCCGCUCCCUCCAAACCCACUUUUCUUCUCCUUCACGGCUUUCCAAGUUCGAGCUAUGAUUGGCGUUAUCAAAUUCCGUACUUGAAAGAACGUGGAUACGGGGUUAUCGUGCCGGAUUUGUUAGGUUAUGGCGAUACUGAUAAACCAACAGAGUUGGAACGGUACAAGAAGAAGAAGAUGGCGGGGGAUUUGAUGCAGAUUUUAGAUCAUGAGGGGUUGGGGACGGUUAUUGGGGCAAGUAACCUCCAGAGCUCUCAAGCACAUGGAGUGAAGCUGACCGGAGUCCACACAGACGCUGCAAAUGCCAUGAGCGAACAAGCCUUUGGAUAUCCCACCUUCGGAUAUUGGAAAUUUUUUAAUGAAGAUGAUGCCCACGAGAUCAUGGGUCGUAAUAUGGAGUCCACAACAUCCCUUAUAUUUCCCUCUGACCCUUCCACCUGGAAAACGCACUUGGGACCCUUGGGUGCCGCAAAAGCAUGGAUAACAUCCAACACCAUAUCCCCCCUCCCAACCUGGCUUUCCAAGUCCGAGGCAGCAACCCACAACGAAAUCUUCCAAAAAGGAGGGUUUGCCGGUCCAUUAAAUUGGUAUAAAGCCACAGUCCGAGACUUCAAUGUUGAAGACGAUGCCAAUAUUCCCGAAAAACACAUAGUGCAAAAUGCACCCGCGCUCAUCAUCGUUUCCGACGAAGACUAUAUUACUCGAGCGGAGAUAGCUUAUCAAACGGCUUCGAAGUGGUUGCGAAAUUUUGAAAUCAAAAAAUUCGAAGGGUGUGGUCAUUGGAUUCCGUUGGAGAAGAGGGAUGAGUUGUCGGAGGCUUUGAUUAGGUUUGCAGAUGGGAUUUAG